AUGACUGCGUGCUCGAGAUGUGGCCAGGAAUCGAGGGUCAAAACUCGGGGCGAGCAUUUCUGCGAGGAUUGUUACAUUGGGUUUCUAAAUAUUAAAUUCAGAAAGAACCUCGAUAUCUUCAGGGUGAACUUUAUGGCCAGCUCGGUGCCCAAACUACUUGUCCCCGUAUCGUUUGGACUCGGAUCGUUGGUGCUGGUGGAUAUGCUUGGAGAGUUACUGCUACGGCAAAGAACAAACCACGGUGGUAGAAUUGGGUUCACAGUCCAAUGCGUGUAUGUCGGUGAUGAUAUUAUGGAAUGGCCGUUUGGCGAUGAUCUCCCGCUAAUACACAUUCCAAAAGAGAAGAUUUUCAGCGAAGCGUUCAAAAUUGACGGGCAACCAUUGACCGAUUCACAAUUGCGAGGACUUUCUCGAUCCUCAAUACAAGACUUGGAGUUUCAGCUCCGAGGCAGACUGAUCUCCGACAUAGCCAAGAACUACGAGGCGGUUGUCAUGGGCUAUUCAAUGACGAGGUUAUCCGAAUUGGUGAUUUCAGAAACAGUCAAAGGUCGGGGAGCUGGCAUCCCGGACCUCGUUGCCCCUGGUGGGCGCGACCGCAUAUACCCUCUGCGAGAGAUUCUUGAUGAUGAGCUGCAGAAAUACGCGCAGCUUCGCAACCUCCAAAAAUACGUCCGUCCUGACCGCCCAGUUCCUAUGGUCACUAAGAUGCAAAGCAUUGAUGAGCUAGUGCACCGUUACUUUGUUGAUGUCCAGAAGGAGUUCCCCGCGGUAGUGUCGACAGUAGCCAAAACGGCCUCCAAACUUGCUCAGGAUACUGAAGAGUGCAGCGUGUGUGGGGAUGGCCAAGGCGUCUGCUAUGCUUGCAAUGUCAUGCUGAAAGCUCGAGAUAGCGAAAAGGUGAUUGAGCGGAUGCCUACGGACGACAUUCUUGCAAAGUAUUUACUCGAUUAA